AUGGAACCCAGUACUUCGCCCAAUGUCAGCCUAUCCACUAACAAGCCGGCCAGAGUUCACUCCUUAUCUACUUCAACAAAGCCAGAAGUACCUAGUGCCCCGCCAGACGAACCUAGCACUUCACCCUGUUCUUCCCUGCCCACUUACGAACAGGCCAGAGUGCACUCCUUAUCUGCACUAUCAGCAAAGCCAGAAGUACCUAGUGCCCCUCCAGAAUACGAAGAGGUUGACACAACAAUCAGCCGGCGAAUAAUCCAAACAACAUUUCCUGAACCAUCAACAACGAUAAUGGAGCAGCCAACACCUAUCCACUGUGCGAGUAGUUGCAAUGUUUCAUGCAGUCAUAGUCACAACGAGGAACCUAGCACUUCGCUCGAAUUUCCUCUUCCCGCUUAUGAAGAGGCCAGAGUUCACUCGUUAUCUAUAGCAUCAGCAAAGCCAGAAGUACCUAGUGCCCCUCCAGAAUACGAGGAAGUUGAUACCACAGUCAGCGGACGAAUAGUCCAAACAACUCAGAGCUUUCUUAACCAAAACAGGCUUGAUAUGUUUCACGAUCAGACAGCGCAUAAAAUUCAAACAACGUUACCCAAACCAUCAACAACGAUAAUAGAGCAACCAACACCCAUCCCUUGUGCGAGUAGUUGCAAUGUUUCGUGCCACCAUGGUCACAACGAUAUAUGCCGCAGGUGCAAACAAAAAGAAGACGAAGAAACUGCCGAGUUAUGCAUAAACCUUUGCGUAUGCAUUUUUGGAAUUUGUGCUCUAGCUCUUAGCUCUAGCAAGUCCUAA